AUGAUCAACGUCGAUCCACCAACUGGAAACUAUCCGGCUUCUGGUGGCAAUUCCUCACACAACAUCGUCUCCGAAACGGAUUCUCGUUUGGCAUUCAAAGUCAAAUCAUCCAACAACGAGCACUACCGCGUUCGUCCCGUUUAUGGAUUCGUCGAGGCAAAGGACAAGGCAAAAUUGGAAGUGAAUCGUCUAUCGGGACCAGCCAAAGAGGACAAACUCGUCAUUCAGUAUGCUGAGGUACCAGCCGAGGAAACCGAUCCACAGGCUCCAUUCAAAGCUGGUGCUCAACAAGGAGAAAUCAUCGUCAAAUUGGUUGCUGCCUGA